AUGGUGAAAGAAAAGAAAAAAACCGACAAGAGAAGCGACAAGUCUGCGCGCUCACCUUCCUCUCCCACGGACUUUCCCGAGCCAGUCAGACUGGACGGCAGUGCUGCCACGCAACCUCUGGCCUCUGCCCAACCUUCGGAAGUGCUUCGGGAGCAGCUGAGGGAUGUUGAGAAGGAGAGUCAGCUGAGCGAGGACACUCUGCAUUACGAAGAGCCCAUCCUGACCAAGCUCAUUGUGGAAAGCUACGAAGGGGAGAAAGUCCGCGGCCUAUACGAGGGAGAAGGCUUUGCGGUCUUCCAAGGAGGCUGCACCUACCGCGGCAUGUUCUCAGAAGGGCUCAUGCAUGGAUCUGGGACAUAUGUUUGGGCUGAUGGACUGAAGUAUGAGGGGGAGUUUGUGAAGAACAUGCCCAUGAACCACGGCAUAUACACAUGGCCAGACGGCAGCACGUAUGAAGGGGAGGUGACCAAUGCCCUGAGGAAUGGGUUUGGUGUGUUCACGUGCAGUACACACCCCGUGUCCUACAUUGGUCACUGGUGCUACAGCAAGAGGCAUGGAAAGGGCUCCAUCCACUUCAAUCAGGAGGGCACCUCCUGGUACGAGGGAGACUGGGAAUACAACGUCAAAACGGGCUGGGGCAUAAGAUGCUACAAUUCUGGAAAUAUCUACGAGGGUCAGUGGGAAAACAACAUGCGCCACGGGGAAGGCAGGAUGCGGUGGCUGACGAACAAUGAAGAGUACACCGGCCAGUGGGAAAGGGGGGUCCAGAAUGGCUUUGGAACACACACGUGGUUUCUCAAAAGAAUCCCCAACUCCCAGUAUCCUCUGAGGAAUGAGUAUGUGGGAGAGUUUGUGAAUGGGUGCCGUCACGGCCAUGGGAAGUUUUACUAUGCCAGCGGUGCCAUCUACGAGGGGGCAUGGGUCUCCAAUAAAAAGCAUGGUUUGGGCCGACUGACUUUCAAGAAUGGACGCGUGUACAAUGGCCUGUUCUGUAAUGACAUGAUAGCAGACUUUCCGGAGCUUCAGGUGGAAUUAAUUCAUUCCCUGGACCCAAGCACAGAAUUGCUAUGCUGGUGCCCAACAGGUGGCUCAACCAUCACGGCAGAAAUUAUCAGAAAGCUUGAUGGUAGCAGCAGUGAAUCGGUGUUAUGGUCAAACAUUGAGCUGGACCUCACUGCACUGCUGAGUAGGUAUCCUGAGAAAGACCAGCCACAGGAAAAGAAGCAGGUGGAAUUCGCCAUCCUGAGGAACAUCACGGAGCUGCGGAGGAUCUACAGCUUCUACAGCAGCCUGGGCUGCGACCACUCCCUGGAUAACACCUUUCUGAUGACAAAGCUCCAUUUCUGGAGGUUUCUGAAAGAUUGCAGGUUCCACCACCACCAAAUCACUCUGGCUGACAUGGACCGGGUCCUCUGGGCCAAUAACUACGAUGACAUACCCGUGGAGGCCAUUCACUCUCCAUUCACCACCAUCAUGCUGCGGACAUUCCUGAAUUACCUCCUGCAGCUGGCUUAUCACAUCCACCACCGGGAGUACCAGAACAGAAGCCCCUCGCUCUUUCUGUGUUUCACCAAGCUGAUGGCUGAGAACAUUCACCCCAAUGCCUGUCGCGUGAGAGGCAACUUAUUCGUUGGGCAGCAGCGCACACUCUACUCAAUGAACUACAUCGACAGGAGCUGGGAGAUCUACACAGCCCACUGCAUGCCCAGUGCAGCCCCUCCCCAUGAGCUGACGAUGAGCAUGCGACACUUCCUCUGGAUGCUGAAGGACUUCAGGAUGAUAAAUAAGGAGCUGACGGCAUCCAAGUUUGUGGAGGUGAUAGCCGAGGACAACCCCUCCAUGCACGAUGGAACUGACAGCAACUUUGAACUGGAGCUGGUUUUCCUCGAGUUUUUCGAAGCCCUCUUAAGCUUCGCCUGCUCUGUCACCAACCAGAUGACCAAGACUUGGACCAGUAUCCUCAACGAGGAACUGUCUGGGAGCAGGUACGGGAGCAUCCACACCCUUCUGACCCAGAACACCAGCGCUGUGCCCAGCCAGGACUCUGACGUCCAGCACGGCUGCAACUUGUCCUCCUCAAGCAAGGUUGAUGUCAGCAAAGUCAAGAAAUCUGAGCCCGUGCGGCAGUCUCUCAGUGAAGAAAGAAUACCCAAGAUCAGUUACAAGCCUUCAGGGAAAGGAAUGACCUUUUUUUUCCCUUCAAAAGAGAAAACUGAGAAGCUCAAGGAUGAAGCCCCGGAGGAGAAGGACGAGCAGAAGGAGCAGCUGAAUGCGUGGCUCAGCAACAUGCACACGUUCUUCGUGGAUAUGCUCUUCCCUGCGCACAGACACGACGAGAUCGUCAAGGAGAAGAUGAAAGAGAACAGGCUGCGUCUCGAGGCCCUGGCCGGGCAGGAGCGGCAGGAGGACGAGGAACUGGAAGCCAGGCUGCAGAGCCUCAAGGAGGAGGAGUCCAGAAGACAGGACUACGAGCUGGACAUGAGUGCCAUCAAGGACAUGAUUGCCACGUCCGUGAGCUUCACGCAGAGCCCCCCCAAGGAGGAGCCGUUGGUGACCCAGCCCAGCAAGGCCGGCCCCAGCAGGAGGAGGAAAAAGUGA